CCAUGCGCACGAUGAAUUUCUUUCUCAGCAUCAUGAUUCUCGAUCCCGACGCAAACUGCGCCAAACUAACGGCCUUUUCUCAACAACAAGUUCAGACGGUACAGUUCGCAAGAUUGCUCACCACUUCGACAGGUUUUCUCAAGCUCAUUUGCAACCAGGAUAUCCUUCCUGGGUCAUACGACUCCGUUGAACAUGAAAACCUCUCGUGCUGGCAUUUGGCUGUCAUCGUCAAUUCGUUGCUGGCCCACCAUUCGGUCGAAGUCGUCUCCAUCCUUUCCUCGAAUGGAGAAUCCCUACACCACGACACGCCCCAAAUUCAUCCAGUCCCUAUCCAACUAUCCGCACACCUAGGUCAUCCCUACCCCACCUCUCAUUACUACCCACAGCUCGCCCACAGCUGCCUCAGCCCCGGUCAGAGUAAAAACCCCGUCGUCCUAGCCACCGCCAACUCUAUACACGGCCACAUCGACAGUCCUGGUCGUUGUCGUUUAUGGUCCUCGAGAUCGCGUUAUGCCUGGCGCACUUGCGCUCGAAAGCAGAAAAAGCUAUCAGCCGUCCGAAGCACCGGUAGCUGUGAUUGAAAGGCUUGUUUCUUACUCGAGAGGAGGUAGGGAAGGGUUAGGCAUCGAAACAUCAGAAUCACGCUCGGAUGUGGGGAUGGGAAACGGUCUUCGCAGAGAAGUGGUGACAUUACGAACCUCCGGCAUGACUGUGUGAGUCGAGGAAAACACUUUGCUCCUCAUGAUCAUGGCAAGGGCAGCCUUGCUCUCAGCGCAGAACCGAAGGAUAUGUGUUUGGGCAGUACAGUCGUGAGGAAAGAGCACCCCUUAUGUGUGCGAUCUGGUGAGUGGUUGUCUUUUCAGGCAAUUUCAAUUUCUCAUCUCGUGCACCUCUCCAGAUCCUCUCCUUGCGAUUGGCGAUGCGGCGAACUUGAGAGGCUACUCAUGGUCCUUACAGAGUUAUUGAACACAUAGGGAUACGAUGGUCUUUGGUGGAGGGGAAUUACCCACGGAAGCCAUGGACAUCAUUACAGAUGAACCGGAAUUCGAUGCUGCUUGGAUAGACUUCUGCAGACUGUAUACACCACCAAAACCGGCCCAUGUCGUACAGAUAUGUGCUACUUUAUAUAUAUCCCAUAAACUCAAUAUAUCGUGAACAUAUGUUGACCAUGCCGUA